AUGGUUCAUAUUCCGGAUUGGGUUCAUCCCUUUAGUAAUCGGAUGAACGUAGAGAUGAAAGUAUCUUCCAAAAAUGACAAGAAUCAUAAGGCUGAUUGUCAACCCAAGUUUUACAUGGUUGGGCGAAUCAGUUUUGCCCAAACCCGAGUAUUUGUUAGGAUGUUGAAGGCCCAGUUGGUUAUCAACCCAAACUUGGUCAAACUAAGAAAACCAGUUGAAUUAGUAAAUCGAGUUGAUUCAACUAACUCAUCUAAGCACCGAGUCACUUCAAACCGACAUCAUUUUCAACAAAUCUAA